GCGAGAGAGAGAGAGAAAGGGAGAGAGGGAAAGAGAGAGAGAGAGAGAGAGAGAGGUUGGUCUCUGACUUAACUAAGAAAACAGCAGCAGAUCUGCGGGCAUAAACAAAUGCACGCAGCCUGUCUGUUCCUCCACCUGCCGCGGGAGACACUUCGAUGGUCGCAGUAGGUUAAAUUAACCGGAUUACCGAGACGGACGCGAAAACCCCUGCUCUGCUUUAUUUUAACGUGGACCUGCGACGAUAUCUAUGCAUUAUUUAGAUUGAAAUAAGUCCAAAAUGACGGAGCUGAGACGGCGAGGAGGAGGAGGAGACCCCGACAGCACUGAAAACAUCAGUGACAAGGAGGCAGAUGGAGAAGACAAGCUCGCUUUUCCCGGUGAAGGGGAAGGAGAAAUGGAGGGCGACUCCAAAGCGGACACGCCAGACGCGCCACCUUCCACAGAUAACACUCCACAGUGUCUCAACAAAGCCCUGGAGGGCUUGUCAUCUAGGUGGAAGAACUGGUGGAUAAGAGGCAUAUUGUCAUUGACAAUGAUCAUUGGCUUCUUUCUUAUCAUCUAUUUGGGACCCAUUAUGCUUAUAUUAGUGGUAAUGGGUGUUCAGAUCAAGUGUUUUCAUGAAAUUAUAACCAUUGGCUACAGAGUUUACCAUUCCUAUGAACUGCCAUGGUUUAGGACUCUUAGCUGGUACUUCUUGAUUUGUGUGAACUACUUCUUUUAUGGUGAGACAGUGGCUGAUUAUUUCGUCGCGCUCGUCCAAAGGGAGGAACCUUUGCAGUUCCUUGUGCGUUAUCAUCGGUUUAUUUCUUUUGCACUGUAUUUGGCAGGUUUCUGCAUGUUUGUACUGAGUUUAGUGAAGAAACAUUACCGCCUGCAGUUUUAUAUGUUUGCUUGGACCCAUGUGACCUUGUUGAUUGUGGUGACUCAGUCACAUCUGGUUAUUCAGAACCUGUUUGAGGGAAUGAUCUGGUUUAUUGUUCCCAUCUCUAUUGUGAUCUGUAACGACAUCAUGGCCUACCUAUUUGGCUUCUUUUUUGGAAGAACUCCACUGAUUAAGCUCUCCCCCAAAAAAACAUGGGAAGGAUUCAUUGGGGGAUUCUUUGCAACAGUGGUCUUUAGUUUCUUUUUUGCGUACCUGCUAUCCCAGUACCAGUACUUUGUUUGUCCAGUGGAAUACAACAGUGAGACAAACCGCUUUGCAGUGGAGUGUGAGCCAUCAAAUCUCUUCAUGAUACAGGAAUACACACUUCCUGCAGUGCUGCAGAAUGCUCUCAGAUGGAAAACGGUGAACCUUUACCCAUUUCAGAUCCACAGUAUUGCGCUCUCUACAUUCGCCUCUCUGAUCGGACCGUUUGGUGGAUUCUUUGCCAGUGGCUUCAAACGAGCUUUCAAGAUAAAAGACUUUGCAGACACCAUUCCUGGUCAUGGUGGAAUAAUGGAUCGUUUUGACUGUCAGUAUCUGAUGGCAACGUUCGUUCAUGUUUACAUAGCAAGUUUUAUCAGGGGACCGAACCCCAGUAAGGUUUUACAGCAGUUGCUUGUCCUGCAACCAGAGCAGCAGCUCAACAUUUUCAAUACGCUGCGUAACCACUUACGAGAAAAGGGCAUGCUGCCCUCUGCUGUGGAGGAAGCCCAAUGACAGACGUCUUCAGCUCAUGUCCUGUUGAACUCAGUAAGCGUUCACCCAUGACUGUGAUGACAAGAGCACACUCCCAACCGACCACAGGAGAUCCCCCUUCAGUGAGAGAGUGACACCCGCUGCAAACCAAACUCUCACUUUUAACCCAUUAGAAGAAACUCAGCAAACGAAGGCGCAAAACGACCACAAGGGGGCGCGACACGGUUCUCUUAACAUCAGAGGUCUUCCAAUCAACAACCAUGCAAAAUAAAAGAUUCAAGCACAUGGUAAGUGAAUGUAUAGCACUACAGGAAGGGCGCUUCAGCGGAGGGAUUUUGUGAAUCUGGCCUGGUUUGCAACAUCGGUAACUCAUGGUGGUGACUUUAGGUUUUUGAAAUGCCAUAAUUCUCGUGGUUAACGUUUAAAUGUGAGCUUAAUUUAUAAAGGGGGUCCUAAACUUAAAGCAUUACAAAACAGUGAGUCUAAAACAGAAGCAUGUCUGUAAGUCCUACUGUUACUGCUUGAAAUAGCCAUGUUCUCUUUUCCCAUUACUCUGUGUGUUUGCGUGAGCGCUAAAUUAACUCACGCGUGUGUACAUAUCAUCAUAGGUAUUAUUGCACAUAGAUAUUAUACAUUAGAUCAAAUAGAGAGAGAGAUUAUACAUUUAUUAAUAUAAUAUAUAAGGCUUAAGAAAUUCUAUAAAAUAGUAAGUUAUGAAAAUGAUAUGCAAAAAGACUAGUCUUAUUUUCUUAAAUCUAGCAUGACUAAACCUCUCUAGGGGUGGCUAAUAAUUGAGAGGGUUGUUUUCGGAGGAGAAACAGCCUUUUUGAGAAGGCGACCGUGACCAUUGGUUUUAGUUGCACUGUAACUACACGAGUCGAAAGAUUCAAUUAGCUUUUCAGGUUUUAGUAUCAAAACAACACUGGUGCUUUGAGUAGAUAUCCGAUAUUUGAAAACAUGUUCUUAGAUUUAAUGUGCUUUUUUUUAUAUUUCAUUUUUUUUUUUACAGUAUCCUCCCUGAAAUAUUGUUUUAGCUGCUCUUGUUUUUAAAACCUUUUUUUUUUUUUUUUUAUUUGUUGAAAGUUUUCUGAAUACUUUACCAAACAAAUGUGUACCAAAGCACUGUCUAUUUUGCUGUGAAAAAAACAAAACAAAACUCAAUAUCACACCGCAAUUAACGUCAUCAAACGCUACAGUCUUACGGUAGAGAACAAUCCUACAACAGACCGAACAAAUUACAUGUUUAUUUAAGCACUUACAUGAACAAAAGUAACACUGCUACAGAUUAUUAUCGUAACUUGAUAAUAGUUUAAAAAGUGGAUUUGAAAUAACCCCUGAUUACACAUCGGGACUCAGUCGUGUAGUUUGGGACCAGUUGUCAAUAGUGUUGUAAAACAAAAAAAAAACAAAAAGGCAAAUGUGACCCCUUACCUUGUUCAUUCCUGUUUGCAAUAGGUUUACAUGUUCCUUUCCUUCACAUCUGCUGUCCAGUAGAUGCAGUCAUGUGAGAUUGUUGUGUUUGUAGUAAUUAAUAUGAAUCCUAUCAGACCAAAAAGAGAAUGCACCUCCAGUCGUCUAUAGCUUAUUUUGUGGAUGUCACAAUUGUAUUAGCAAUUUAGUUUCUUGAGAGCUGCUGUACAAUAUAAGUUAUAAUGUUACCCAACAUAUAAUACUGUGCAAGCUUAUACUGUUCAGAAGUUUAGUUAUAAAUGGGUUUCAAAUUACUUGCUUAUCACGGUUUGUUAUUCAUGUUUAAAAAAAAAUGGGAACCUUUUAUUUAUGUUUGAUUUUCAGAUUUUUUUUUUAAAGGUUUUAGUAGUAAAUAUUUACCAGAAGAAAAAAGAAAGUAAUAAGUUACGGGCAACAAUAGGGGUAAUUAUUAUUAUUAUUAUUAUUAUUAUUAUUGUCAUUACUAUUGCAAUGCUUCACUUGGUGAAUAAACUUCACUUUUGACUUA